AUGUGUCAGGAGAAGGAGGAGGAGGAGGAGAAGGUAAUGUGUCAGGAGAAGGAGGAGGAGAAGGAGAAGGUAAUGUGUCAGGAGAAGGAGGAGGAGAAGGAGAAGGUAAUGUGUCAGGAGAAGGAGGGGGAGAAGGUAAUGUGUCAGGAGAAGGAGGAGGAGGAGGAGAAGGUAAUGUGUCAGGAGAAGGAGGAGGAGAAGGUAAUGUGUCAGAAGAAGGAGAAGGUAAUGUGUCAGGAGAAGGAGGAGGAGAAGGAGAAGGUAAUGUGUCAGGAGAAGGAGGAGGAGGAGGAGAAGGUAAUGUGUCAGGAGAAGGAGGAGGAGAAGGAGAAGGUAAUGUGUCAGGAGAAGGAGAAGGUAAUGUGUCAGGAGAAGGAGGAGGAGGAGGAGAAGGUAAUUUGUCAGGAGAAGGAGGAGGAGGACGAGAAGGUAAUUUGUCAGGAGAAGGAGGAGGAGGAGGAGAAGGUAAUGUGUCAGGAGAAGGAGGAGGAGAAGGUAAUGUGCCAGGAGAAGGAGGAGGAGAAGGAGAAGGUAAUGUGUCAGGAGAAGGAGAAGGUAAUGUGUCAGGAGAAGGAGAAGGUGAUGUAUCAGAAGAAGGAGAAGCGAGGAACUGAAAAAGUGUCGCAGGCUCUGGCACGCAGCUGUGAGAGACUGGUUACUUACGUACGAGAGCUCCGCGUGGAGAUUGCGCACAGUGUAACACAUCGGCCAGCACGUGCGCACCGUGUUGCUGAAGGGGGCACUCCAGCCAGAGGUAUGGCGACAGUUAUGGGCAGCCGCCGCGGCGCGUGGCUCGCUGACUUGUACUCACUUCUGUUUGCGUCUGCGGCAAAGUGCGACACGAGACACAAGGCCGAGGACGGCGAGUGCAGGCUGCAGGAGGAAGGGAGGCAGUGA